AUGCCUCGCCGCAAACCUAUUACAAAGCUGGGGGUAUUUGGGAAGUACGAUUUGAAUCCAGAAAAGGCAGUGGAAAACUAUUUCGAAUCCAAAUUCAACAGUAAAUUUUAUACCAAUGUCCCCGGUUGGGAUGUGGCACGCAAUGGUUUCGAGCUCAAGGGCAUCCACAAUGAUCGAGAGUACAUGGAGAUCAGUAAGGAGCAGCACCGGAUGCGUGAACAAUCGCAACGCCAAGCCGCCAUCAACAGACGUCGACUACAGCAAACGAACCAACUACUGGAACAGAUGCGCGACGAGUUCGUCGAGCUGAAUGAUUUUCUAAAAGAUUGCGAAAUGAAAGAAAAUAACGCGCUCGAUACGGUUCAACGGGAGCAGGAGAAGCACGAGCAGUACGGCAAGAAAAUAGCACAACUCGAGGAAGAUAUAGAGAAGCUAGAUGGUUUUGUGCUGAAAUACGAGAAAACGAUAAAUGCUUUUGAACCGUAUGAGGUAGUGAUGGAGCAAACAAUUGCCGAAUCUAAGACCUACGAAACGAUGCAGGAUCUUAUCCAGCGGUGUGACUCAUUACUUCUGGCCCAGGUGGAAAUUUCAGCCGUGGAGCAGCAAAAAAUUUUGGAAAUUGAAGAGAUAAGACAGAACUUGUUUAAAGCCACAAAAACGGCACUGCACAUCAUCACGGGGCUUAACAAUGAUCUGUCGGAACUGCUGACACAGUACACGGUCGCGAAGGAGGAAGGCUUGCGCUGGGAAAAGUCGGUCAAUGUCGUUAAGAGCUAUAUGGUGGAAAACGAGGCUAAUGUGAACUGUCUACUGGAUGCGAUCAAUCACGUGUACAUCCUGUUGCGCAAGCGGCGUGGCUCACUCCCAAAGGCACCGCGAGGCGAUGUCGAAGCGCAGCUCGAUCACAUCAAGGAGGAGAUCGAGAUCCUGCACGAGGUACGCCAACUGGCCGCUGCCAAACAGGAGCACGAUGGCCACAGUUUGCGUGCGGAGAAGGGCACCGAACGACGCCGUGGUGGCGGCGCCCUGUGAGCUGGGUAAGAGCACUGUAGGCGACGAAGAAUGAGGCAUCUUGAACCAUCCGUGUUGGGAUUUUAUUU